AUGGAGGGCUAUGAUUGGGUCUACCUAAUGGACCAGGUCCGCCAGAUUCGCGAAAACACAGUCACAGCCCGCUCCCGAACGACCUACCAGAACUCCUACUGCCAUUUUCUCGCUUGCAGCUACGGACGCGAGUUAAGGAAGCAAUCAACCAGGACCUACGCGUCGACCCCCCUCAUCUUUGAUACUCUGGCCGCGGAGGACUUUGUGAUCUGGCUCGUCACGCUGAAACGAAAGGAUGACGAUGCGCUGAGUUACUCUGCUCUCAACACGCACAGAGCAGACCUGUGUGACCUGUUUCGGGACUACGGCAAGACCAUGAGCAAACGUUGGAGUCGGAGCUUACCACCUAUUUCAAAGGCCUAA